AUGCAGGUAUCUUUCAACGGAUCGGCGUUCUCGUUCAUUGUUUUUAUUUUAAAUCUAUCUAUCUAUCUAUCUAUCUAUCUAUCUAUCUAUCUAUCUAUUUCGGUAUUUUAUAUCUCUCUCUCUCUCUCUCUCUCUCUCUCUCUCUCUCUCUCUCUCAUAUUUCUCUCUAUAUCUAUCUAUCUUAGUAUUCCCCCAACUAUUUUCACUCCCAGUAUGUUUUCUUUCUCUAUCUAUCUAUCUAUCUAUCUAUCUAUCUAUCUAUCUAUCUAUCUAUCUAUGUCAAUCUGUCUUAUCUAUUUAUCUUUCUAUCUCAGUCUUCCUCUAUCUAUCUCAUUAUUCUGUCUCCCCCUCUCUCUCUCUCCUUCUCUCUCUCUAACUCAAUAUUUCUUUUUCCCUUUUUUCUAUCUAUCUUCCUCCUCUAUCGAUCUCAGUAUUUCUCUCUACCUCUAUCUCUCUAAAUCAAUAUUUUUCUAUCUAUCUAUCUAUCUAUCUAUCUAUCUAUCUAUCUAUCUAUCUAUCUAUCUCAGUAUUCUCUCCCUCUCUCUAACUCUGUAUUUCUUUCUUUCUUUCUUUCUUUCUUUCUUUCUUUCUAUCUUUCUUUCUAUCUAUCUAUGUCAAUCUACUCCUUAUCCCUAUUCUAUUAUUCUUGUUUCAUUUUCGGUGACUCCAGAUGUUAGCAAAUACUUACGGCUUCUUAAAUUUAUUCACACUCGUAUUUCUUAUUCCGUUAUUCGUGGUGACACAAGGCACUUGAUAUUUGGGGGGGGGUAUCCUUCGCUCCAUAUUUUCCUUUCAUUAUUUCUUUCUAUCUGUCUUACCUUUUCGCGAUUCGACUUUUAUCUUCACCUUUUUCUUUUCUUCGAUUCUUUUCCGUCUUUUUUAUCCGCUCUUUCAACUUCUCUUUCUUUUGUCGUCUUCCUUCUUUUCUUUCUGUUUCUCUUUUCCAUCUUCUUUCGACUCCUCUUAAAUAUAUGUGGGUGUUUUUUUGGUUUUUUUUUCUAUAUUUUCUUAUGUCUACCGCUUUCUUUUUCUUCUUCAACACAAAAUAUUUUUUCUAUUUCCGUCUUCUAUAUAUAUAUAUAUUUUUAUUUGGCUUUUCUUGUCUCACCUUAUCCACUUUCUCGACCUUCUUGUUACCCGCCUUCUGCUUUCUCUUGUGUUUGUCUUUCUAAAAUUCGUUUCUCCGUUUCUCUCUCUCUCUCUCUCUCUCUCUCUCUCUCUCUCUCUCUCUAUCUCUCUCUCUCUUAA